AUAUAACAUCCAUGGCGGCACAACUGAAGCGGCGUGUGAAGGACGCGGUGAAGAUCAUUGGGUCUGGUAGUGCCCUGUUUGUGGGAUACCUCACUGCUGUUGGUGAUGAGCGCUACUAUGCCAAUGCUCUUAUGCCACUGAUGCAGAGGAUUGUAGGAGCGGAGACAGCCCAUGUUCUUGCUGUUCGACUCAUUGGUUUGGGUCUUGUGCCACGAAAUGGCUACCAGGACCCAGCCUCUCUGGAAGUGAACGUAAUGGGCAGAAAGUUCCGGAACCCUAUUGGCAUUGCAGCAGGCUUUGAUAAGAAUGGAGAGGCCGUAGAUGGACUUUAUAAGCUGGGCUUUGGCUUUGUGGAGGUGGGGACAGUCACCCCUAAACCUCAAGACGGCAACCCUAAACCACGUGUGUUUAGACUAGAAACUGACAAAGCAGUCAUCAACAGAUAUGGAUUCAACAGCUGUGGUCUGUCAGUAGUGCAGGAAAGGUUAAAAGCAAGGCAGACUAUGCAGGAAGAACUGACAAAAGCUGGGCUACCCUUGGGCAUCAAUCUUGGCAAGAACAAGCAGUCUUCAGAUGCGGUGGCUGACUACCUUGAGGGCGUGAGGACACUUGGACCCCUGGCUGACUACCUGGUGGUCAAUGUAAGCAGUCCUAACACACCUGGCCUAAGGGACCUUCAGGGUAAGGAAGAACUGCGCCAUCUCCUGGCUAAGGUGCUGAGAGAACGUGACUCUCUUGGAGAGAAUCAGCCUCCGGUGGUGGUGAAAAUUGCCCCUGACCUCACAGCCAAAGAUAAACAGGACAUCGCUGAGGUUAUUACAGAGCUUGGUGUGGAUGGGUUGAUUGUUUCCAACACAACUGUGUCCAGGCCUGACACUCUACAGGACCCUAACAGUAAAGAGGGGGGCGGACUGAGCGGCAAGCCUCUUAAAGAGCUGUCCACACACACAGUGCGGGAGAUGUACGCAUUGACCCAAGGAAAAGUACCAAUCGUUGGAGUCGGAGGGGUGGCGAGUGGACAGGAUGCUCUGGAUAAGAUCCGUGCGGGAGCAUCGUUGGUUCAGCUCUACACAGCGCUGGUGUAUCAAGGCCCACCUGUUGUCAAGAAGAUCAAAAGGGAACUAGAUCAUCUCUUAAAAGAGCAAGGUUUCACGAGCGUAUCAGAGGCAGUUGGGGCUGAUCAUAGAGCAACAGAGGAAAAACGACAGCUGGAGAGCACAGAGAGGGAUAGCGGCCCCCAAAACUCAGAAUGUGCAGUGGUGUCAGUUAGCUAGGCAUUGGAGACUGACUGAUGCUUAAUUCAACAUCCUGUCAUUACUUGAAGCUGUUGGAAGUGUCUUUAUCUGCAUAGCAGACCUCAGACGUAAUCCAGAGAGUCUAUGACCAUACUGCGAACCUGCAUAAUGACAUGAAUUAAAAUUUGUGUAGGGUUUCAGUAUUCCCCUCAGGGGCUAAAGAAUGCAUUCACAACAACUGGAAAGUGCUAAAUAACAGCAGAGUGCUGAAACCAACCAGGCUAUAGUGGUAACAUCAUUUGUACAUCCUGUGUAAAUGUGUUAAAAUGAUUUUAAUUAUAUUAAUAUUAUAUACUCUACAAGAUGUGUAUCACGUGGAUGUUCAAACUUAAUUGGUGGCUAUUUUGUAUUUAAUUUCACAGUGUGAAAGCUAUUCAAAUUGAGGUGAAAAACACAUUUAUUGUUCCAGCAGUAUCUUAACAACACACACCAGCUACAAAUGUUCUCUAAGAAUUUUCACCACAACAAAAACCACAUUUUUCUUCUCUGAAUGUAGCACUGCAUGUAUAAGGAGUGUUUUGGAGGAACAUGUCAUAGAUUUGGCACAAAACAUGUUUGUUUAUUGUGUAAUUUAAACUCUUAAAACUGUACUACUCUUUGUGCCUCAUCAUGGAUUACCACAUGCAAGGGCUCUUACUUGGUCCUUGUUAUUUUAAUUUCAUUGUUAAUAACAGAGUUGAGAGUCAGACCUUACCAUGUACAAAAGCAAACCUAUUAAAACUGAGGUUUAUCUUUA